AUGGUGGACAAUUGGGUAGAUAACAAUGAAGCUACACAAUUUGAUGAUGACGAGGUGUUUGUUGACAACACUCAACAAGAAAUCAAUGAGGAACCAACACAAAAGAGAAAAAGAGUAGGCAAAACAAGGUCCGAUUGUUGGAAAUCAUUUGAGAAGAUUUUUAAUGAUGGAGUUCGGCAUGGAAAGUGCAAAUGGUGCGAGAGGGCUCUCAAAGCCGACGGGAAUAAUACCGGUACGUCUAGCUUAAAUAAGCAUACAAAGAAUUGUAAAAAAAACCCCGAGAAUUUGAAAAACCAACAAACAUUACAAUUUAAAAAAGAACCAACCGGGGAGGGUAGUGUUAGCACUUGGAAACAUGACGACAAACGAAUUAAAAAGGCUAUGUUGAAUUUAUUUGUAGUGGGUGGUCUACCUUUUAAAUUUGUAGAAAAUGAGGCCUUUAUUGAAUACACAAAUGCACUAAACGGGAAGGUGAUUGUACCUUGUCGAACAACAAUUUCAAAAAAAGUGUCACUUUAUUAUCAAGAAGAAAGAAAUAAGUUGGUAACAUUCUUAUGUAAUCCACUUAACACGAUUCAUUUGACCACCGAUUGUUGGACAAGUCCGAGUAAAAGGGUGCAUUAUAUUGUCAUUACCGCACACUUUAUUGAUGAUAAUUGGGAGAUGCACAAAAGGAUAAUCAACUUUAAAGAAUUAGAUAGUCAACGGGGGGAAGAUAUCGGAAAAGAAGUGUUGAAAUGUAUUCAAGGGUGGGGUAUUAAAAAUGUCAUGACUUGUACGGUUGAUAAUGCAAGUUCUAAUGACAAAGCAAUAGAGUUUCUAAAAAACAAAUUACCAAACUUGUACAAUGAAGGAAAACACUUUCACAUUAGGUGUAUGGCACACAUUAUCAAUCUAAUUGUGAGAGACGGGAUGAAUAAAAAUGACGAGAGUGUUAAAUGUUUGCAAGACGCCGUAAGAUAUAUUAGAAAGUCCACACAACGGAUUGCUCUAUUUAAAAAGUGCAUGAAAGCCGUCGGGGUGGAAUCAACCAAAUUUUUGUGCAACGAUUGUCCCACUCGUUGGAACUCAACUUACGACUUAUUGAAGAUCGCGGUGGAUUUAGAAAAAGCUUUCUAUGAGUAUGAAAUGGAAGUUCAUUGUUUGGCAAUAGUUAUAGACUUUGGAAACACCUAA